CGGUUCUUCUCAUUCCCUGGUCUCAGCUGGUGAUUGCAACUUGACUGCCGGUGGCCCCGAAGCUCAGUCCAUCGUCAACGGUUGAACGGUUCGCGCUAGAUUUGUUAUUUGGCUCCCAGUGCCUGGUCUGUUAUUUGAACGUAGCAAAUACGAUAAAAGGACAAUUAACGACAGUUUAGGAUCAUCUUGACAUGGAACGCGAGCGAGGACGUGUUCUUUGGACCUGUUGUGUGAUCCUGCUGAGUGGGUUUACGUGUGUGCACAGUGAAAUGAAGAAGUCAUGGAAAAUGAAAAGUAAUUCUGUGAAUACUCUGAGCGGGGCAUUGGAUUUCACCCCCGAUGACACUACUGUGGUGACAGAACCGGCUGGAAUCGGAUCUGUCCAAAGCGAUCUGAAACUAUUCGGUCUGGAUGCGGUGAAACAAAACGACAGUUUGCAGCAGGAUGUCACGCAAAAAGCUCCAACAACAGCCACAAGUCAGCCGAAAAGUCGUCUCAGGAGCACAUAUGUCGUCAAAGGGGCCGUAUCGCUGUUCAACGCUAUCCGAGAAAGUGCAAAAACUGCUCCUUUUGUCGAGGAUCAUGAGCCGGAAAUUCAAAUCGAUGACUUUUCUGCGAACGAAACCGAAGAGGAGCUAUACGAUGAUAACCAGAUAGCGCACGAGGAAUUCUCCGCGAACGGAAGCAAGUAUUCCGACGACUACAAACUUAUAGAAAGUAUAUUGGAGGAGGUAAAAGAUGCUGCCGAACGAGAUGAGGCAGCCAAAGGACAGGAGGAAGAGCAGGUCAAACCAUCGGUAUCUAACGAUUCUAAACAGUAUGAUUUUGGACCAUUGCUAAAUAUGACCAUUGAUGAACCAAAUAACAUUGUGAAAGUGAAGAUAAACGAGAGAGUGCUUCGCGAAAUUUUCACUGGUCGCUCAAGAGGGGGUGGCGGUGGGGGCGGUAGCAAGAAAAUGUGGAAAUAUGCACUGCCACUGUUCAUACUACCUUUCCUCAUCCAAUCGGCCAUCAUUCCAUUUCUGCUAACGACGGUGAAGUUGUUCCUGGUGAAGUCACUUCUGGCGGGGAAGCUGGCGAUCUUCUUGUUGCUACUGGGCGCGUUCAAGAAUUUUACCCAGAAAAAGGAACGGGAAGUGUACGUGAAGGAUAUUCCCGAAAGGCGUUAUGAGCCGUACAAUGAGUUGCCCUAUCCGUACCAUUCCUCCUCGGAGUCGAGACCCAGUUGGGCCAACUGAUAGUCUCACGACAAGUGGAACAUGGUGAUGGGACAGGGAAUAAAGGUAGCAUCGCAGCUAUGCUCGUAGAAAAAUCCAAAUCCUUCUUGUUGUAAGAAAUUGUUUUCUACUUUAGUAAGUUAUUACACUAAACGAUAGGUAGCAUUAGGUGAUUCGAUUAAGGCAGUAAUAGUAUCACUGUGUUCAGCAAUAGACUGCACUGUGCAUUAAGUUUAUUGUUACUAAAUUAUUAAAAUAAAUUUAUUGAUAUUGAAUUAUAAUAAUUUAUAUUAUUUCAUGAAAUUUC